AACGAAAUUGAAGUCGAAAAACAGAAAUGGCCGAAAAACCAAACAUGGAUCUGUCAGGUUGUCGGCUUUCUGUUUAAAAAAUUUUAAAUCUCCUCAUUUUUACACAUUUUUUAAGCGAAUACGCCGAAAUAUUGUCCACGAAUGUUUCGAGUGUGAUAUUUUAAUAAAAAAACAUGGGGCAAAACGGUGAAAUGAACGACAACGCUUGUAGACUGUGUGAAGAAACAAGCCCCAUAAUGCAUAGUGUUUUUGAAAGGGUUCCAGAGGGACAACAAAUUUUGCAACUUAUUAAGGAUUUCCUGCGAAUACUCAUUUAUCGAACCGAUCCUCUACCUAAACAAAUCUGCGAAGACUGCUAUACGAAUCUCGCUAACUUUAGCUCGUUGAAACGGAUCAGCUGCGAGACGUUGGAACGACAGAAGGAACGGCUGAUCGAGUGUAACGACGAGAACAUCAGCGUUCAACUGUUUUUAAACGCAUUAGAGCAGGAUAACGUUAAGAACAAUCAGUACAACAACAUGAGCGAGUUCGGCGAUAACAACGAAUCGGAAUUGUGCGACGAACUGCAGCAGGCCAUCCAGGAUUCGCUACGCAAGAGCAAGAUCCAGGAGAAUCACAUUGAGGAGACGAAACUGUUGAACGGUUAUUCGGAAUCGCAGGACGACGACUCUCAGGCCAGUAGUCAGAAUAAGUUACACGAGACCGACAGUUCGUUUUCGAUGUCGCACAACGCCGAGUCGCAGAGCGACAUGGAACUGUGCGAUUCGGACAGUGAGGUCGCGCCGCGUUUCGGUAAGGUCACGGGUAAACGGCUGCACGGCGACAAGCAGAUGAUGAGCCCGAUAUCGAAGCGGCGGCGUUUUAUCGGGCCGAAAUCGCGCGUCAAACAGCGCAAGGAUAAUUAUUUGAGGUUGUAUCGGGAGCAGCAGGUUACGAAGAGCGCGGACGUUCGGUAUAAUCCGCUUUCGCUACUCGCGUGCGCCCUGAACGUUAUUAAUAAGGAAAACGUGCCCGAUUACGUUUACGAGUAUUACGUUAGAGAGGAACUGGACGACACCUUCGCCGACGCCGAGCUCGAGGAGGAGAAUAUUUGUAAUUAUUGCGAGAAGUUGUUCAUGAACGAGAAUUCGUUGGCGCUGCACGAAUGGAAGCACAUGUACGUCGUGCUCGGCGAUAAGGUCGACGAUCCGGUGAUAUGGAACGGCCGUAAGUCCGACGUUUUAGUACGUAAUAAAUGGUAUAGCAGUAUUAAUUGCGAUAACGAGACCGACGACGAUCCCCCUCGCGAGGAGGAGAACUUCGAGGAUAGCACAGGUCGUGUCAACGUUAUCAAUCCCGAAGAUGUGCUCUUCAGGGACACCGAGGAGGCGGACAACGAUCACCAAGACCUGCUGGUGGCGCGCGAGGAUAACGUUCUAAAAGGCGAAGUCGUCCUCAUCGACACGAAGGCGACAGUUAACGGUAUUCCCCUGGCGGAAAUAGCGAAAGACGACCGCCGCACCCUCUACAAAUCAGUCACAGUCAACGGCAUCAAGCGGAAAUUCUGCCCGUUAUGCCGCUACACGUUCAAGGACAACUGGGCGAUCGAAUCGCACUACUUCUCGACGGCCUGCCAUUACACGUGCCGGUUUUGCGGGGUCCGCUUCAACAAACAGAGGCACGAGUUCGAUCCGCACGUCAAGCAGCACAUCCUCGCCGGCGAUACGCACACGACGAAAAUAUUCGCCUCGCGCAAAUUUCAGUCGAUACCGAGGGUGAUCAACGAGAACAGGCUGAAGUCGAAACCGCCGCCUCUCGUUCGACAGACGUACACGCCCAAAAUUCAGCCGUUAAAGAUGAAGCAGCUGUUCGAGAGGACGAUACCGAAAAUCGAGAUUAAGAAGGAGCCCGGUACGGAAUCGCCGACGUUCGGAUUCGACGGCAUGCGGUCCGAGGGCAAGCCGCAGAACCAGGCGUACUUCUGUCGCAAGUGCUAUCAGGUGUUCUUCAAGUUGAACGAGUUUAAUGUGCACGUAGUCAACUGUAAGGGAACGGCAUUUAAGAAUACGAUUCCUUCUAAUCCCUCAACGCCAAAGCCCUUCUCUUUAAUGGAACGAUCUUCGAAGUAUUUAGAACGCGAAACUGAAAAAUUCUCACCGACCGGACGGCCUAUGCGCAACUGCGUCCGCGAGAUCGGCACCUACGCCGACGAUCCGGCGGAGGAGCUCGAGAUGCCGCUCUCCCAGAUGAAGAAAUUCACCCCGCCGCCCGUCAAGUCGAAUCGCGGCUUCGAGUGCGGCAUGUGCAGCUCGUGUUUUCCGACCGUUCACUCGCGCAACAGCCACAUGCGCAUCCACAAGGCGGCCCUACAGCAGCUCAACUCGCUCUCGCGGAAGAGCAUCAACAUCAUCAAGACGCGGCCGGACAAUCUCGCGAAGAAGAUGGUCAACAUGGGGGGCGGCGUGCAGUCGUUCGCGAAGUUCGCCGACAUCAAGAUCAAGCAGGAACCGAUGGAGCCGAUCGUCGAGAUACACGAGCAGCCCUCGCCGACGAACUAUCCCAGCUCGAUCGGCGCCGUUAGCAUCACGCCCAUUCCGAACUCGUCGCAUACGACCAAACUCGAUCCGAGCAUCAUGAAGCUGGUACAGAACAACCCCAAUCUAACCAUAAAAUCGAUGGUCGAACAGAACUCCAAGCAAAACAUGGCGCAGGUCUCGAACGCCAUGGAUGGCGACACCAAGUGCUACCGGUGCCUGAGUUGCUCGAAACCGUUCGCGAACAAGUCUAACCUAUACUUUCACAAGAAAAACCAGUGCAGCGGGUCUAAGUAUCCAUGCCCGUUCUGUAAGAAGCGGUUCGGCACAGAAGCCGCCUACAGUUCACACAUUUACUAUAAUCAUCCCGAGUAAAGGGAGCCGUGUGACGUAUCACACCACUUUUUUUUUCACCUUCAGGAUACUUCGCCUUUUUUCCUGUUUUUUUACACGUAAUCACUUAAACUCCUCACAUUGUAAUAAAUAGGGCGAAAGAUGCGUGAACGAGGCUGUUUAAGUGAAUCUCUCUGUCUCUCUCUAUCUAGUUUAUUAAGUCUUAGAAAUGAUAACCUCAAUCCGCGUUGUGUGUGGAUUCAUCUCGUUUGCUUAAUUUUUUUAUAUUUAGUGAUGAAAUACGUAACUGGAGUGUGUUUGAAGUUUGCUAUUUAGAGCUAGUUCCUAAAU